AUGCCGAGGAAAGGAAUGAGGACCAUCUUCUUCCGGCCAUCGCCCUCCGGCUCUCCGGCGAGACCCGCCGCCCCGAUCCGCGGCGACCCCUUUGCGGACACGUUAAUGGCGGAGCGAAUCGCCAGCGCGGAGCCUUUGAUCGGAAAGUGGGCCGUCGACUCCUCCUCCGGCCCCGAGUCUUCCCAAUCCCCGUCCACCUCGGGAUAUGCCGGCGCUGCUCAUCUCUUCCAUGAGGGCCGCCACGAAGCCAAGCUCUACCUCAGCCGCGUCAAGGACCUGCACUCCGCGAUGCUGCUCUGCAUCGGCGAAUACUCCAACUCACGCUUGAUCGUGCGGGCUCAUGAGCUGUUGCAGACUGCAGUGAGGCGGCUCUCCCAGGAGUUCCACCGGAUCCUGUCGUCGCAACUUCCGUAUCUCGAUCACCCAGAAUCGGUCUCGAUCCCGUCUUCACAAAUUUCUACCCGGUCGAGCUUCUCGGAUUUUGAAUAUGAGUCGGAGGACGAGUUAUCAGCAAAGCAGUUUGCUGCUGAGCCAGGGAUGCAGGAAGACGAGCGAAUUCCUAAUGCAGUGGUUUCCGAUCUAAAGGCCAUCGCAGACUGCCUGAUCGCUUGUGGGCACGGCAAAGAGUGCAUGGACAUCUACAAAAUCGUGCGAAGAUUGGUCGUCGACGAGGAACUGUAUCAUCUCGGGUUCGAGAAGCUGAUUGGCCCUUCGCAGAUGCAGAAGAUGGAUUGGGAGGUCCAGGAAGUGAAGAUCAAGAGCUGGCUGAGCGCCGUGAAGCCGGCGGUCCAGAGGCUCUUCUCUGGCGAGAGGAUCCUUUGCGACCAGGUCUUCGCGGCUUCGCCCACCUCGCUCAGGGAGUCUGUCUUCUCCAACAUUGCACAGGACGCCGCGGUCGCGCUGUUUGGGUUCGCAGAGGGGGCAGCAAAGGCUAUCAAGAAGUCUCCAGAGAGAAUCUUCCGCCUGCUCGACCUCUACGAGGCCAUUGCCAGCCUCUGGCCGGACAUUGAGUCCACCUUCUCCUCCGACGCAACAUCUGCUGUCCGAUCCCUUGCGAUCAAUUCGCUGAUCAAGCUCGGAGAGGCAGUCCGCUUGACGCUCGGCAACUUCGAGGCAGCCGUCCAGAAGGACUCUGCCAAGCAGUCCGCUAUCUCCAGCGGCGGCAUACACCCGCUGACGCGCGACGUCGUGAAGUACCUAGCCCACCUCGCCGACUAUAGCGGUGUACUUGCCGACAUACUCGCCGACUGGCCCGUCGACAGUAGCCCUGAGCACCCGCGGUUCCCGGACUCCUACUGCGCCGACUGCGACUCCGCCGCCUCCGUGGCCGCCGGAUAUGGCGAUGCGUCAGCAAUGUUCACGCAUUUUGCGUGGCUCGUUCUUGUCCUGCUGUGCAAGAUCGACGUGAAGGCCGAGCAGUACAAGGACGUGGCUCUCUCUUACCUCUUCCUCGCCAACAACCUCCGGUACGUCAUCGACAGGGUGGAUCGGUCCAACUUGAGGCACCUCCUCGGUGAGCACUGGGUGAAGAAGCACGAGUCGAAGGUGAAGCUCUACGCGAGCAACUACGAGCGGACGGGAUGGAGCAAGGUCUUCUCAUCGCAGGCCGAUCUCACCGUCGAGAUAUCUUCCGGCCAGGCGAAGGAAUCGCUGAGGAAGUUCAACGCGGCGCUGGAGGAGGUUCGGGCAAAGCAGGUGGGAUGGGCGGUGCACGACCCGAAGCUGAGGGACGAGAUCGCGUCGUCGCUGGCGCAGAAGCUCGUGCCGGCUUAUCGGCGACUCUACGACGGCUGUCCGAGGGGAGAUCCGGUGGUCAGAUUCACCCCUGACGAUUUGGAUGAUUACUUGGCCGGCAUGUUGCGUGCCACCGGCGGUGGCUCGGAGAGUUCUUCGACGGCGUCGUCCCGGUCGUCCAGUCACUGGCCGUCCCUGCUUCGUCUGGUCAAAGGGGGCGCCGGGAAAAGUCGAGAGCCGGCGAUGUAUUUUUGCGGCUAG